AUGCACACGUUCUGGCACCGCGUCAACGCCGUCGUGACGCUAGCGAUCAUCGCGCUGAUGGUCCUCGCCGCCGCCGCGAGCGUCACCGACGAGUUCCACGUCUGCGAGCCGAAGCACGACGUCUCGAUCGCCGCGGUCGAGCGCCUCGUCAGCGUCGACGGCGCGGACGAGGCGUACUUCGCGAUCGCGCUCGACCUCGACCUGCGCUCGUGCUGGACGUGGAACACGAAGCAGCUGUUCGUGUCCCUCGCCGCGUCGUACGUCACGCCGUCGAACGUGGCGCACGACGCGUUCGUGUACGACCGGAUCGUGACGAGCAAGACGGACGCAAACCUGACGAUCCCGAGGGCGCGGAGCAAGUACAAGCUGCGAGAGCCCGAGGGACUGCUCGGGGCGGAGAUCGAGUGGAUCCUUCGAUGGCAUCAGGUGCGUUCUAUACACUGGUCCCCAUACGACCCCGUUCGCGUGGUGAACGCGAUUCCUUAA